UGUUGUUUCGUUCCGUCCUGUGCAUGUAGCUUUUCGCGAUAAGCUACCGAGGCUUUUACGUGCCGACGAAACUCGUUUCUUUUUUUUUGUUUUGUGCCGCGAUUCGCGCCCACGCGGCCAUCGCAAGGGAAACCGUAAUAACGUGGGACGUCCUAUAAACAGGACAGUGGAUAUUCGGUGGUGUUUUCAGUGUUACUUUUCUGUGUUAACGUUCGUUUACUUGACAAGAUUUGUUUCUUGUCGCGUAGGUUAUACCAGGAAGAGCUCCUGGUAGACACCCCACUGGGAAUUUUAUUUGUGAGUGUGUUGCAUCUUCACGAGGAGGAUUGUUGAUUCUGGCUGAGCACACGUCCGCGCCGAUUCGGUCUACAGUUUUGGAAUGACGAUCGGAGCGGCGAUGACGAGGAUCGACAGCUACCGCUGAUUCAUAAGAUACCCUGCAGGGCCAUUCGCAUCCAAAAUGAGCACAUCGCUGCGAAUUUUGGCGCUAAUCAGCUUAGCUGCGCAGAACGUGGCUUGGCCGCAAGAUCCCGUUCCUAGGCUGCACGUCAAACACCGCGAGGUGAUUGGCCAGCGGUUCCUGGGAAACGAGAGCCACGUGGAGCACUUCAAGCUCCUGGAGCGCGCGACCACUUCCAUCCUGAUUGGCGCCAGGAACGCCAUUUACAACAUAAGUCUGCACGACCUAACGGAGAUCGUCGACCAGAGGUUGCAGUGGUCCAGCACGGGGGCACAUCGUGAACUUUGUUAUCUGAAAGGACGCAGCGAGGACGAGUGUCAAAAUUACGUACGAGUAUUCGGCAGACAAGGGCCUGAUCAAUUUCUCGUUUGCGGAACGAACGCGUACAAGCCGCAGUGCAGACAAUUCACCAUCAAGGAUGGCGCGUACACCAGCGAGGGCGACAUGGAUGGGCUGGGUUUGUGCCCAUACGACCCACGGCACAACAGCACCGCAGUAUUCGCUGAGGGACAGCUGUACGCCGCGACAGUGGCCGACUUCUCAGGCGGCGAGCCGCUGAUUCACAGGGAGAAGAUACGUACCGAGCGCUCGGAUCUGAACCAGCUAAACGGGCCGAAUUUCGUCAGCUCGUUUACGUACGAAGAUUAUGUCUUCUUCUUUUAUCGAGAAACAGCCGUCGAGUACAUGAACUGUGGCAAGGCGGUGUACUCGCGAGUCGGUAGAGUGUGCCAGCAUGACAAGGGCGGACCUCAUGCGUUCAACGACAGAUGGACGAGCUUCCUGAAAGCAAGGCUCAACUGUUCUGUACCCGGCGAAUACCCUUUCUAUUUCAAUGAAAUACAAUCGACCAGCGACAUCACGGAAGGUAUUUACGCCGGGGAGCGUGCGAGGCUGGUUUAUGGAGUGUUUACGACUCCGGUGAACUCGAUCGGCGGUUCAGCGGUCUGCGCGUUCUCCAUGAAUAGCGUCCUCGAUGUCUUCCAAGGUGCGUUCAAGGAACAGGAGACCAUAAACAGCAAUUGGCUGCGAGUACUUCCGGAAAGGGUACCGGAACCCAGGCCGGGGGCAUGCGUGAACGACUCCAGGACACUUCCAGACGUGACUGUGAACUUCGUUAAAGCGCACCCCCUCAUGGACGACGCGGUUCAGUCCUUCUUCUUAUUACCUGUGAUAACCAAAGUCAGCUUCAAUUACAGAUUUACCAAAGUCGCUGUAGAUUCUCAGGUGAAGGCUCUGGACGGAAAGGCCUACGACAUCCUCUACAUAGGAACAGACGACGGCCGAGUUCUCAAAGCGCUAAACACUCGCGCGCCGGAUUCCAUGAGCAACGUUGGCCAGGUUAUCGUCAGCGACGUCCAGGUUCUGAAAUACGGUCAAGCGAUCAAGGAUCUUUUAGUGGUCCAUCUCGCUGGUGAGGCGAGCAAGUUGGUCGUGUUCGCGGACUCCGAAAUUCGUGCCAUUCCGCUUUACCAUUGCGACGCGCCGGCAGCAGUCACCUGCGCGUCCUGCGUGGCUCUACAGGAUCCCCAUUGUGCCUGGGACGCCACCAAAAAUCUCUGCGUGGCCGUGUCGACGAAACUCCACGACAGCGACGCGGACAAAACUCUGUUCCAGAACAUAACAAACGGGAAGCACAAAGGCUGCGGCUACGAGCUAGAGAUGGCGAAACCCGUGCAACCAGCGAUUCCGCCCGAAAUCGGGCGAGGCGAGCAACCCGAUGAACGGGACAAUGAAAUCGUCAUCGAGCUGGAUCGAGAAAAUCAGUACGGUCGUACGCAGCCACGAGCUAACGAGCCUCAAGACGUGAUCGUGACACCGGUGGUUUACUCCGCUCAGACGUUGACCGGGGCGCUGAUAGGGACGUGCUUCUUCUCCCUGGUGGCCGGUUUCGCUUCCGGGUUCUGGUUCUCGCAGAGGUUGCGUGGCACCCCGUACCCGGAGCCGUCCGAGCAACGCCAGCAGCUGAACAGACUGACGGAGAGCUCCGAGUCGCCGGGCUUCAACAACAAGUCGAUCAACCUGGUGCUGAACGUGCCGCCGAAGAACCCGAACGGCAAGAACGCGAACUCGUCCGCGGAGAACAAACCGGUGCAGAAGGUGAAGAAGACGUACAUAUGAUACAGA